AUGUCAAAUGAAACGCACAUUAAGUUUAGUUACAUAAGCAGGUUGAGCUCGACGUUUUGUUUAGUUAAAGAAGAGGUGAAGCUUAUCAAUCACGAACACAAAAGUUUCGCCAUGCUUUUAAAAGGAUUCUACAAUUUCUUCUUACUUCAAUCCUCAACUAUAGUUCGUGGAUCUAUCUAA